AUGGAGCCCAUAGCAGAUAAAUUGCUGGCCUCGACGCAGUCUUGGGCCAGUGCAAGAGCGAACGAUGUAACCGAGCAGGAUGUCGAAGAAGAAAAAGGUCUGCUUCACACACUAGACUUUAGAAAGGAUGCAAGACACACGAAAGCCUCUAGCACAUCCUUAGCUGUUGCAUGCGGGAUCCUGCUCAUCACGAUUAUUUGCCAAAACGUCUUCUUGUUCGCAUCCAGCUCUCGCUCUGAAGUUCGGCUCCCAGCUUAUUCCAAAAUCGGUUUGAGAAAUGUGAAAGAUCAGGUCCGUAUCAGUGGUAUGGUCAGCCAGUACUGGAACAUGGACGAACUUGAAAGGUCGACGGAAGCGUGGGAAGCCAUCCGAGCAGGCCAUGGCGUUGUGGCAUUGACGCCCGAGUUUAUCGCUGCCCACAAUCUGCCGGAUAGCAUUCAUUCCAGCGAGGAUCCGACAAAGAAAUUGUACGCAAUCGAGUCGUAUCACAUGAUGCAUUGUGUCCAAUGGCUUCGUAGAGGGUACGUCGCGCUGAGGACAGGCGGUAUCGAUGAGGAUCAUCCCUUGGAACAUGUCCUCCACUGCUUCGACACUCUUCGGCAAAGCAUCAUGUGUCAAGCCAAUGACGAGCUUUUGACGGUAACAGGCCACGGACACAUGAACGGCUAUCAUCAGACUCGACAGUGUCGUGAUUGGGACGCACUUCGGGAUUUUGCGACUGCCAACUCGGCAUGUUAUUACGAUGCACCCACCGGCCCGGUAUGGGGACGUUGUGACAACGGGACCGACGGUCUACCCACCGCGAGUUUGUGGUAA